CUGGAAAACAUUCAUUUACGGUGUCGGCAGCAAUAUUGACAUGCUUGAAAGUCAUUGGACACUUCUCCCGGGAAAAGAACAAUCUGUCGAAGUGCUUAGCAACGACACCACGCCACCAGCGGGAUAGCAACUACACAACACGACUUCAAAAUGGCGGCUCUGUUUUAGGCCAAACUCCCGAUCAAGGUUUGAAACAAAACAGUGAUACUUUUACAGUUUUUGAAACGGAUUAUUAUCUUGCAAGAUGGCAAAGGUUGUUGUAGCCCCCGCUGUUCAUAAUUUUGCGGAUCUUCGGCCGUCUUCGCGUGCCCUUACGAUCACCCCAAGACCAGGCUCUCGUAAAUCAACUGGCUAUGGAACACUUGAUCGUCCGCCUUCUCGAAAUAUUUCUCGUGUAGGGAGCAAUGUGGUUGUUUCUCCGCGUGAAUCAAAAGGAGUAUCGAAUAUUUUGAUUUUAUCUCCGGGAAGGCGAAAUUCGGGUUUGAGCCUUGGUAAGUAACUUUUUGACGUCUUUUACAUCAGUCUGUUGUUGCUCUUUUGACGCACUGCAAUCGUGAUUUUAUUUGUUUUAAAUGGCAGGAUAUACUUUUCAUUGCGAAUUAAAAAUUUAAAAAUGAGAAAUUUAGUCUUAUAUCAGGGAAUAUGUUAUAUUUUUGUAUAUUAGAGCAGUCUAUAAUCAGAAUUCUACCUAUAGAAUUAGAAUGUUAUUUUGCGAUGCGAGUUUCCUUCGCGUACUACAGAAUAUUUAUGUAAACAACUUUUUCAAUCGAGCGCGAGCUUAUGAAAUGUUUCUUUGUGACCGUUGUUAAUUGUAACAGAGCCGAGUGAUACACAGAGCUUUGAUUUCGUUGUGUACCAGAACAACAUGGCAGUUUCCUUUACGUCCACAUUCGCGUUGUUACACGACAACAAUCGUUUGAUUCUUGUCCCGUGUUUUGUAGGUUCGCCCAAAUCUCCAGAUGUGAAUUUGACCUUCAUUGAGAUCGAGUCUCGACUAAGGGAGAAGAUUCGAGUCAACGCUGACGAGUUACGUCAGGUAAACUUUAUUGGGUGUUUGUAAUCCUAAAAAAAAAACAGUGAAUAAGGUUUACGCCUCUGCCAAAAAGGUUAUAGAAAUUGGAGAACUUCGGGAUAUUAAAUGGAUCCAUGGAGACACAAAAUUUCUCUUUGAGUGUUUAAAAAUAUUGCACUUGAAGAUAAUUAUUUUUUAAUCGCCAAGUGGCCAUUUAAUGUUCUAUUUUUAAUAUUGACACAAAUGAAAUAGAUCUGUACCAAACUAUUUCAUUUUUGAAAUGUAGUUUUUUGCUGCAAAAGGCCUGAUUUAUUAUGAAUGGUAUUCCUUUUUAUGUCUGAAAUAGCCUGAGUAUCAGGCCUUCCUAAGGGGCUAGGGGAGAGGAGAUUUUAGAUGGGGGAGUGGGGAGGGGGAGAAGAGAAAGGAAGGCCUGACACAAAACCAUUCAGCAAAUCGUGUGACACAUCCAAAAUCUGGAUGUGGCAGUGAUUGGAUAACACACAAUACCCAAUGACGUCACCGACCGCAAGAGCGAUCGGCAAGGAGAAGCCAUUGAAAUUUUUCAUAGAUGUUUUGAUUUCAUGUUACCGGUAUGUGAUACUUUUAUGGAUAGAGACGCAGAGAGGAAUUCAAAAAGGCUCGAGAGGGCGCUCUCAAGUUCUUUCCUGGAAUAAAAAUAAAACCUGGGCAAGAAUUGUGUUUUCAAGACCUCGUAGUUUAAAGGAAAGAUGUUCUCGGAGUAUGGAAAAGCCUCAUAUACCAGCUUCUGUCGAAACUAUGUCAAAGAAGACGAUAUCAGUGUUUCAGAUAUCCAAGUUCUGAUUUACAACAUCCUGCCGUUAAAAGGGUAUUGUUACUGUAAAUGAGAAUAGAGCGAGGUAGCCAUGUAUUGAGAUAGCCGACGGCACCAAUCCUUUUAAAAAGAUUGACUUUGCUUGUGGCGGUUACGAUAGCGUACGUGAUUGGAAUUCGUUCGCUUCCUCUUCCAAAAUUUUCUCACUUUUGAAAUGUCUUAAGCUCAUGCGCACGCCAUCAUAUUUCGCCAACGGGAUUGACCUUUGCUAUAGGCUCUCACUUCUUUUUGAACUUGUAACAGCUUUCACGAGCUCUCUGUGAGGUGGUGGAAUUUGCUGCUGCUUGAUAGUUUCUAGGCAUAGGUGUUUCACCAUCGCACCUUCCUAUUUAUUCUUGCAGCUCCUUUCAACCACCCGAGAAUACGAGGGACAACAUCAGCUUUUUAGCUGCCAGACAAGCGCCUGAUGUAACUCUGUAAACAAAAGCAAUUUACAAUUUUCCAGGCACACGUUUAUUUACAAACAGAGCGUUAGCGAUCUUACACCAGCACAAUUCCGAAAACAUGUUAUAAUUCGUCAAAAACCACAGGCUUUACAUUACAAGUUUUCGAAAACUCCUCAUUGGAGGUUUCAGAAAAAAGCGAAAUCGUAGCAACACAAGCACCGGAGCUCGGCCAGGCCGUAAAGUGAGAUUUAUUUUAGGUGAGCUUUUUGACACGUGAAGCUGAGAACCCAAUGACCGGAAGUGAUUUUGAUUGGAUGGUAUCGAAUCAUGCUGUGUGGGGGUGGAAGGCUUCAGUAAAAGCAUCUGUGUCAGGCGUUUUUCUCCUUCAGCUCUCUCCCUUUUUCGCUUCCAUCGUUCCCCUUUUCCCCAGAAACGCCUGAUACUCAGGCUAUGUCUGAAAAGGACAUGGUAUUAAUUGUUAUGCAUGAAAGGGGAAAUACAGCAUCUGCUAUGGACAGUACACCGUACAUGUACAUGUAUGAAAGGUACCUGGCAUCAUAUCUGGGCAUGGUAUCCCGCAGUUUCAAGUCACAGGGAUGAUCAAAUGGGAAAAAUGUUAAAGACUAAAAAACUGCCUAGGGCUUCCAACGAUACCCCCAAAAAAUCCCUUUUUCCAAGCCUUAAAGUUUUCCAGAAAGCAUAAAAUGAUAUAACACGAAAACUAGAUUAGAAAUUGAAUGUUUGUGUUUACGGCUUUGAUACGUGGGCAUUACAAUGAGUCUUCAGAUUGUUUUGUAUACCCAAAAAAUCCCUACUUAAAUCAGGCCACACAAAAAAAUACUUGCCAAAUUUUCCUACCCCCAAGAAAUUGUGGAAUCAAGAAUUUCAAACCCCAAAUAAUUCUAGGAUCACCCCCAUCACUUGAAAUCCAGCAACCCGCCCACCCCCACCCCCCAGUGGUAUCCACUGUAGAGGGGGAGUGGGAUGGUAAUUCUGAGCUUUUAGACCAUUAGACCACCAUCUUUUGCAUUAUAUUGUCUAAGUUCAUAUUUUGCUUCUUAAUUACCAGGCUUUCCAAACUUUUGAUGCAGAGAAGACACAGACCAUCACUCAGAGUGAAUUUAGAAGAGCUCUUGAAUCUUUUUGUAUUCCAGUCACAGAUGAUCAGUUUGAGCAACUUCUUAGAAAGGUAAAAGCACAUUGAGAGUUGUUAACUGCAAUUCCAGUUGAUUAGACAGCAUGUACGUGUGUGAGUAACCCAAUGUACAUAAGUUGUGUACUUGAAGGUAUUUUUACGUUAGCUUUACAACGUAUGUCUACAAUGUCUACUUAACAUUUUUCAAUGUCUUAUUUACUUCGGCAACAAUCCUCUUCUCAGUACUAAGUAUCACAAAAUAAUUUACAAGUGUAUUAAUGCUUUAUCUGUAUUUACGUGUUGUUUGGCACAAGGUUGGAACUAACAGAGAUGGGACCAUAUCAUACUUGGAAUUUUUAGAGAAGUAUCAUCAAAGAGGAGGCACACCAGAUGGAUUGCGAAUGUUAGGAAGCUUGCAGAAGUAAGUUAGGUCCCUUUAAAGUUUGUUUUUUGGUUAAUCAAGUGUUCUGUCUCCUUUUUUCAGGAGUUUUCCUGGCAAUUUCGGGUGGAGGAAGAGGUCAAGUGCCUAUGACAUAGGCUUUAGGCUUACUCAAAAAGCUAGUUCUUGGCAAAUUAUGUCAAUAAUCGGCUGUCUUCAGGGGUUUUUAUUGAACAUUUAGUCAGAAGUAGAGUUACGUGUGCAGCAGGCAGCGACAAAACUACUGCUGUAGGAUCAAAUGACUUGUAAAUCACUUAUAAAUGACAAAGGUUAGGGAGGAAGUUUUAAAAGCUAAAGGGGUGGUUAAUGAAUCCCAUCCAGAUUUUGUUAAUUCUGUGUCUAUACAGUGAAGGUGGUCUUAGGGCACUUAUUUAUUGUGUGUGUGUAUAAAUUUGAUAAAUCAAUAAUAUUUAUUAAUAACUGUAGGAGAAAGGUGUUUGACUACAGAUUUUCUCUAUGUUACUAGUAGACACUUUCUAAUGAAACCACAUUUUAUAUGGUGCUUUCAUUCUAAAUAUAAUGUAAUAUGAAAAAGUAAGAAUAGUGAAUCAUUGUUAUGCAAUUUUUUUUCGUUGCAUUAGAUUCAACCAGACAAAAUCUCCUCGAGAUCAAGUAGCCAUAGAUGAGAUUGAAGAUCGGUUAAGAAGAAAGGUAAGAAUUUCUUCAUUUUUUUAUAUUUGUUUACAUCUGUUCACUGGACUUACUGUAUUUUUUGAAUGGAGUGCAAUUUAUGUGUAUUAGAUCUGAUGAUUUUGCAAAUUUUUGGGCUGUAAUGAAAGAUGGUUAUGGUAAUAACAAAUUUUGGAGUGGUGCCUACAAUGGCCGACAAAAUGAGUUGAGACACUUCGCCCAAAACCGGGCUUUUUUAUGUUUUAUUAACUUCAAAAGAAGGAAAUAUAGCUUUCCUCCCCCAUCCCCUCCGUGCAAUGUUGUGCCCUUGUUCUAGCUACCAGUAGAAAACAACAAACACCCCAACUUUGAAUGAAGGGGACAGGGGAGGGAUGCGGAUUCUUUUGUUCUCCGAAGUUACCCUAUUUAAGUACAAUGUCUCAACACUUUUUGUCGCCGAUUGUAGCUAUUAAAAUGUAGCAUUGAGCAGAUGAACAGUGUAUCUGUAACAUUUUCCCUUCCCAUUGUGGUUACUUCUCAAUUUAACCUUUUCAUUCUACAGAUGAUUUAAUUUGUAGUCGUUUAUAAAAUAGGAAAAUUUAUUGGUUUACGAGCUUACUUUACAAACUGGGCCCAGUUAUUCGAAGGCGCUUAACCCAGGGUUAAAUAAUUUAUUUAACCCUGGUCUUCUUUUCUUGUGUUCAAAAGCAUUUUCUCGGAUAAUUUUCUGUGUUAUUUUAAGAGCUUCCAAUCAUCAACCUGUAGACAAAAGAAUUAAAACUGAAAUACUUUUUAAGCUUUCAAACCUUAAUUCUAAUCUCGCACUAACCCUGGGUUAUCUUAACCCAGCUUUGAACAACUCGGCCCUGAGUACUAAAGUAUGUUUAUGUGUAUUGAUUGUGGUUGUUGGUGUUGCUUUUAGAUGGGUGGCCAGUUCCAAAGUGUGUUGAAGGCAUUGAGAUUGUUUGAUUAUAACAGAGAUGGCCAAAUACAAAAGCAUGAGUUGCGUCGUGUCAUAGAGAACUUUUGUUUCAGACUGACGGAUGAACAGUUUAACAAGUAAAUAUAUUUUCUAGUCGUUUUUUCUUAUGCCAUUCCCUGUAAAAAUGAGUAGGGGCUAUGUUCACUGUACUUCAAAAUGAUAUAUAAAGUCUUUGAUCAAAUUAGAAAUAAACCAACCAGCAUACUAUUCUGAAUUCUGCAAACUGAAUGGCUUUUAAUACCUUAAUUGUACAUACUCAAAAAAGUACUUGUUUUUAAUUUUCUAAGAGACAAAUAGUCAACUUAUUUUGCACUUAACUCACCUUGUUGACUAUUGGCUAGUAGAAAACUCAUGAAAACUCAUUUCAUGGCCUAAUGUUUUUAAAUAGAAAGUUGCACUUAAACUUAAGAAAGAUAAGUAAUAAGAAGUGUAAGUGAGAAUAAUUUUGAUUGUCUAGUGCAUGAAAUGAAUUGACAACUUUUUCUAAUGCCAAGUUGGACUCAAUUCAAGCCAAACUGUUUAUGUAACCUGGCUUAUUAAAUAGAGGUUAUCUAUGCUGGGCCGUAAAACAUCAUCUGAGAAACAAUGAACUGCCUUGCACACAUUUUGCUGAGUACAGACCCUUAUAUUUGGUCAUUUAAUAGUUUUGGGAUAAAGGACUUUAUAAAAUGGGAGUCCAACAAUUACGAGUUCUUUGUGAUUUGAGUCCUUACCGGCCAUUUUACAGACAUGUCAACAAAAAUUGAAACUUGCUCUAGCUGACCAAUCACCAUGAUUUGUGAAUUAUUAUGAUGGCACCAAACCAAUGUUUUUAUUUUAUUAUUGAAUUUUAUUUUCUUGACUAUUAUAAAAAACCAUUGCUUAUAAGAAGUUAAAACACUUUUUUAAAUUUAUCUAUAGAUUGUGGUGUAAAUAUGACAUGACGCGUAAUGGUCAUACCCUGGAGUAUAUGGAUUUUCUUAAACGACUUGGAGUAAAUGCAAAACCCAAAAGUCAAAUAAAGAAAGCAGGUAGGUGACAGGUUCAGUUGUAUCUUUGUACAAAUGUAGCUUGCUUCCAUAGUGUUAUACUCUCUAAAAUACAGUGUAUGUAGUACACUGGUGUGUAUUAAAAAGCCAUAAGAGUAAUUCCAUGGUAUUGGACUUGGUCGAGAAAUCAACCCUCAUGGUAUGGGUGACUAUUGGGGAAACUUUAACUAUUUCAAUAUUAUUGUGUUGCAAUGAACCACAUGGAUAUUGCGAUAGUAAAUGUGAUAGUGGAGUUACUAUUGCUAUUGCUAUUGAAACUAUCAAAACUAUCAAUAGUUUACUACACUAUCGCGAUUGUUAUCAGUGUUUCAUUUUUGCUAUCGAUCCAUUGCAAUCGCAGCGUUAAUAUCGUGAUCAAUCAAUAGCUUGAUGUAUUUUAACAGCCUUACCUCAUGGACAAUUUUUCAACUCUCAGAAAGUGCCUUGUCUACGAAAUUUGUUGAACAGGAACUAGUUUAACUAUUGCUAAACGUGUAAUCAGACUGCACUCGCGCAAAGCUAUUCUACACGUGUUAGGACUUCUGCAUAAUAAUCAAGCAUACACGAAUGCUAUCCAGUUUAUUCAAACCUCAACUAGUUUACCAACUUUGACACUUGAUAGUUUUGAUUCUUGAUAAUAAUGUUAGAAAUAUCAGAAUGUUGAAUAACGUUACUUUUAAUUGCAUCAAGUUCAGUGUUGUGAUCAUUAUUGUGUUGAUUGUGUUUCCACUCUUGACCAACUUUUACUAAUUAAAUUUAUCUAUUUGUCAUGAUAGCAAUCAUGUUAGUCUUAAUAUUAAUGUCUACUUUUGCAACUUUCUUUUUUAAAACUUUUGCUGUGCCAUAUGUGGAGGCAGCUUGCCCCGAGUUCAAGACCCGCUCUGACCGCUAGCUGGAUUUGUUCAUGGUAGUCCCGAAUUCAAAUCCUUGGCCAUGCUUGUAAAUAAAUAGCUAACUGCUUUGCCUGUGACCAGUUGGGAUUCUUAACCCUGUUAUUUUGAAUUAGAUUACUUGUUUCAGACAUUUUCUCGGCCUACUAGGAUUAGUGCUAUAAAUUUAUACUGCCAAGGGUAAAUAAUGGAAUUAUUAUUAUUAUUAUUAUUAUUUCCAUUGCUUCGAAAAUCGCUUGCAAAGAAAAUUCCUUGUUUCCUUUCAUGAUCUUGGCAUGCCUGUACUUAAGGGCCUGGGAGAGAGAAGUUUUUCUCUUCUCUCUCCAAAUCCCUUAGGUUUAUUCAUGCCUCUGUUUACCACAUGUGAGAAAAUGAGUAUAAUAAUAUUAUUGUUAAAAAAAUUUCAAUAAGUUUAUUUUUCAAAAAACAAUUUUGGUCAUUUUUUGUAUAACAGCAAUAUUAUGAUAAUGGGUAAUGAUACUGCAAUGUAAACGGUAUAGUUUAACUGGUGCAGGUAGAUGUCAAAUAUUUACCAUAUUAUGCUAUAAAAUAUUUAUACUGUUUGUGUUGAGUCACAAGGGAUAAUAGCACCAUUAUCUAAAAUUAUCUAAUGCAGUUAAAACUAAUUAUAAUUUUAAUCUUCAGUGUUUGAACUUCUCACACUUAACAAAAUAAGUGCCAUGAUUUGAAGAAAGUGGAAGGGCUUUAAUUACCAUAAGCUUUUAGGACUAGUUGAGAUUGAAUGUAGAAAAGAGUUAUUGCUGUGGUUCAAAAUUUAAUCAGUUUCCUGCUUAAGUUGAGAAGGUAAUUAAAUAUUAACUUUUUACUUGUCACAAAUUAUUGUAACAAAACACCAUAGCAACAUUGCUACCACUCCAGUAACUUCCUCAAGCGACAAACAUCUGCCUUCAAAUGAUUGAAGACAUAAAAGUCUAAACUACUUUCUGCAUCGUUUUCUGAAUUGAUCCAUUAGAGUUUGUGAUCAAAAUGUUUUUGGCCAUGGAUGUUCCAUUCAAACUUGGAGCACAGCUGAAAAGACCAAAUCAGGGCUAUGCUGUUGAUAAUUUAAAAAAUAGUUUUUCAUUUUACAAACCAACGGAGAAGCAUAGUUUACAAACAAAAAGUCGAAAAAGGUCUUUGACUUUCCCAGUCAUAACAAGAAAAAUGCCUCUUGGCCAAAUGUUAUUGCAAGACCAUGUUGGUGAAGGGAAACUAUUUGCCUACUCAUUGGAAGGAAAGAAAUUGACUUAUGAAAAAAACAGGAAAACUCCGAAGACAAUUUACAAACUUCACAAGAGACCACAGAGUAUGCUUUUAGUAGAGUCAUUAUAUUAAUGAUUUUGUACAAAAUGUAUUUUUUUGUAUUGACUACUUCAUUGUCAGUUGAGUAUUUUGGUAUUACCGAAACUGAAUUAUUUUUCAUUGUUUGCAGAAGUUAUUGCAGAAACAUUGUUAGGUGUAUUCUUGUGGAUCCACUAUCAAAGAUUAUUAUACUGCACUUUUGUCAAGUUUCCAAACAUUGGAAGAAUUAAGGCUGGUUUGCCAAAAAUAACCUAAAAGGAUGUUUGAAGAUAUUUUUGUGUAACCAAAAUUAAAUGCCAAGGCAUAGCUUGUAAUUUAAGUCACCUUUAAUAAUAUUGUUUUGUUUGCCAAAACCUAGUUGAGGAUCAGCAUCUAGUGAAGCUUGCAGCAGUAAACAGCAGACCACGAUCAAGUCAUACCGCCAAGCAAUCUCCCCCAGUGCUCACAAUAACAGACUUGGAACAGAAACUCAGAAAGAAGGUUCACUGGUUAAGUUUAGUUGUUGACCCUUUUAGUUCCUAUAGUAACAAAAAUUAACUUCCUCCAAACAAAAUUCAAAGCAUAAUCAAGUAGAAAGGUUAUGGGAAUUAAAGGUAAUAUUCAGUAGUAAAAUGCUUUGAUCUUUUAACAGUUGUUUAAUCCAACUUUUCUUUAUGUACAACCUGUAUGGAGAUCAGUGUGGAGAAUUUGUAUGUAGUAGUAGUUGUAGUUUGUUUACCCACAAAGCAAUUAGGAGUUCUUGAGAACUCAUCUAAACAUGUCCAUGUGCCCAAAUAGAAAGCACUCUUAUACUCAGCUUUCACAAUUCUAACAAUUCUUUUCUCUCGCCUCAGAUGCUUGAAAACCAUGGCAACAUAAGCCGUGCAUUUGUGGCAUUUGACAAGCGUGGUGAUGGCUUUGUCACCCUGGAUGAACUCAAACGAGUUCUCUUUAACUUUGCCUUUCCAGUGUCAGACAAAUUGUUUUUGGAGCUUAUGGACAGGUAAUGGAGAAAAACUUUCAUUAGUUUACAUUAGUUCAGUUCAGUUUCUUCACACUUAUUCAAGUCAGAUCUGUGCUCAGGCCACUCCAAUAUCCCCUCGCUACUUUAAUACUUUGAUCUAAGUGCAACCAAAAGAUAGAUUUCGCACUAAACUGAUAUACUAGACACCCUGGAUUUAUAGCUUCAAAGCUUAAACUGGGCUUUUUUGAACAAUCCUUAGAGCCCUGGCAUGUGGCUGUGUAGUCAUAAUACUUCAAUCUUUUUAUUGCUGCUCUUUUCUUAAGUGUUUAUGUUUUGUAAGAUCAUACACUCAAGUUGGCAGUUAGGGCUUCUUCCAUUGCACCUUGCAUGCCUGUGGAUAAAAUUAAAUUGCAUGUACAUGUAUUAAACUAUUUUAUUGCAUUUACAGAUGUGGGAUCCGGGCUAAUCACAAAAUAUCAUACCAACAGUUCCUCAGUAAAUUCCAAAUGCCAGUUAGCAAGGGAAAUGGACAGACUAUUCCAAUCAAACCAAGUCACCAGUAUGCUCUUUUGUGACUGUUUUGUGAUGUCAGUUAGCUCAUUUCAGAAGUAAAAAUAAUUCGAUAAUAGCAGGGAUGGCAAAUAAGAUCAAACAUACACUGUACAUGUGUGUACAAAAGUACUAAUCUCUGAACAUUUUGGUACAUGGGUGAUCUUGAGGUAUUCUUGGGGUGUUAAAACUUUGCAUCUAUUUUGUACUACUCUAUCAUCAUUGUCACCGAGUUUAUUUUUUUGUCACUAAGUUUGGAAUUCAAACACGAGUCUACAUAUCUUAGCAAGUCUUGGAAACUUUAUUUAAGCUGGUUGUUAAGCUCCUUUUAUAUGUUGGUGCCCAUAGUUGUUUGCUUAAAUGAAUAUGCAGUAUUUUGUGCUUGGUGAUAAUAUCCUAUUGAUCAAUUGCAAUCUUUCCUUGAACACAUUGCUAGGUACAACCCGGUACGUGAGGCAGAAGCCAUGCCAACAACAGAGGAUAUUUGGAAGCUUCUUCAUGAUAAAAUUAUGAACAGCUUCUCAUCUGUCAAGCAAGCAUUUCUUGUUUUUGAUGAUGUAAGUAACUAAAAAAUAAAUGCAUUAACUUUUAAAAAUUUAUGUUCAUUUGAAGUAAUGUAAGUUUGAUAGUAUGGCAGUGUUUAUGAACGUAUUUUCAGGAAGCUUGAUCUCUAUGUUUGCAUUCUGCCAAUGCGUUUUUCAGAAAAAUUUCUCUCCCAACUAUACCUUUGAGAAUACCUUUCAAGUUCAUACUUUAUUUAAAGAGGUUUGAAUACAGUCAGAUACUUUCAUUCAACUCACCCUCUGAAUUUCCUUUAACCCAUUCCUGAUUUGGCUUUUUCAUGGAACCUAACAUGCCCUUUGUCACAAAAUCUUAGAGUAACUCUCAGCCAUAUUCAGGGCUCCACAUAAAGUUUAAAACAAUCUGUUCAUAGGAAAUGGUUAACUAGUGCCUUAAGGGCUGUGCUCUAGCAGAGCCCAGUGGCCCCAAGGGCCCAACUUUUCCUCUUGAGUGACUCAGAAGUCUUAUUUUCUUUUCAUACAAAUCAUAUGCUGGGCACCCUAGAUUUUACAGGUCAGAACACUGGGCUUCCUUCAAUUUUUCUUAGAGCACAGCCUUGGCCUUAUUCAUGUGUACUGUUGCUUUUGCUCCAUAGCCCUUGAAAUUUGUUCCCAAAUGACGUACACUACAAAGGGAACAUGAACUAUAUUUAUCAUAUCCCUAUAUUAAUUAAUUAUAUUUUAACAACUGUUUGCGUUGUAGAAUAGAGAUGGGCGUGUCACCAAACGUGAUUUUAGACGCGUGUUGGAAAGCUUCUGUUUUCGAAUGAGCCAACAGCAGUUUCAUGAGCUGAUGGCCAAGAUUGAUCCUUACAACAAAGGUUAUGUGUCCUAUUUGGAAUUCCUGGACAGAUUUGAGCAAAGAGAAACAAAGGUAAUACAUGUGUAUAGUUCAGUAGUGUUUAGAAAUACCAGACAGUUCAGCUCUAUUGAACGAAAUAUCUUUCCCUACCCUACCGCCUUGAAGAUUAAUUUUGUCAACCCCACCCCUUAAGUCCAAGGUUAAGGGGAAAACACAGGAAGAACUCAAAUUUUGUUUCCUCAGGCCCAUUUCGUCUUUGUCAGAGUUCAUUUAGUGAGAAGGUGACUUUCCUUGGUCUUAUCCCUAAAUCGUGGCAAGCGAGCAUGACAAGUUACUUGCCCUACAGGAAAAUUUCUUACCAUAAGCGAUUUUGUGUGAGCUUUAAGAAUUGAGGAAUUCCAAAGCCACAAUCCUGGCCAAAAGGUUUUGGGACAACUCUUUUUCACGUGGUUUAGAUUGGAAUUAGCAGAAUUUGCAGCUAACCAGCAAUACACACUGAUAAACACGGCCUUAACAAGAUUUCCUUUAUGAUUUACUUUAUGUUAGCGCUUUUUAAAACAUCCAAUGUUUAUAAAUCAUUUGCAAUGUAGUAGUUAUCUCGACAGAAAAGGAAGGACACUUGCUGUGCCAAAAUCUAGAGGUUGUAGUAACUUAUUAUAAAAACCUACUUGAUUGCUACUAAAACUGUUUUUGUUGUGUUAUGUUUCUAGGAUGCCCACCCAUGGCUGAUAUCAGAUCACUCACCGAAAAGUGUUUCUCCUCCUGCUGUGAUGGCCUGGUCAACUGUAAGUUCCUCGAUUGUCUACUGCUGGUUUCUGACAAAAAGUACACAAACCUAACAAAAUUGGCAGUAUUAAGCAAUAUCCAAGUUACAUGUAGCCUCUUUUUUCAAAAUUAGUCCCGGUGCUUAUUCUUUCAUAUGAAAAUAAGUUGUCAUUCAAAUCACAUGCAAAAGUAAAUUUAUUUUCAUACGAAUGCGUGUGUACCAGACCUCGCUUUGCUGAGGAUGCUCAGGACAACUCCCAAAUUGGCUGUUGAUGGAUUUGUACAAGAGGUCAUUCCUCUGCAUGCAAUUUUGAUGCCAUGGGCCAUGGCUACUGAAUUACCCUCGGCCUAAGGCCCCGUGCAAACGGACGCAACAUUGUUGGCCAACAACUCCCAACAUUGUUGGAUGUUACGUGUUACGUCCGUUUGCACACCCCUGUUGCGUGUUGUGGCGCAAAGUUUGAAACCGGCCAAACAUUUCAGCCAACAACUCCUAACUUUUCUUUUGUUCCGUGAUCGCCGAAGCGUAGCGCAACAAUGUUGGAUCCGUUUGCACAGCUCUUUCAACAUUGUUGGGGCCACGCACGCUCAGUACGCAUGGUUUAUGGGUUGUACCCUUCCCACGAUGCACCGCGGGUCCCAACAUUGUUGGGAGUUGUUGCAUCCGUUUGCACACCACUGCCAACACGCACGCAGCAACUCCCAACAUUGUUGGCGCAACAAUGUUGGGAGUUGUUGCGUCCGUUUGCGCGCAGUUACAGUAGGGCUAGCACUCAAAGUAUCAAUUUGAUGUAUAAAUUGUAAAAGCACAAGUCUCUUUAGGAAUCAGUGAAUAAGAAGUUACUAAUGCCAAACUUGCGUGAUGUAGAUAUUUUUUUUCUGGUUUAUUUGUAGGUGGAAGACAUCUUACGAUCCAACAUCACAGAUAAUUGGAAGGCAAUAGCAUCAGCGUACCUAGGUAUUGACGGUGAUAGAGAUGGCUCCAUUUCACGUAACGAACUAAAGCAGCUACUGGAAAGAUACUGCCUUCCUGUUUCAGAGGACCACUUUGACCUGUAAGUCCCAAUAUGCAGGGGUGACGUUUAAGGCCAAUUCAGUUUUAGUCUGUUUCAGGCUCCGAGAUAGUCGCAGGGUGCAAAGAAAGUCAUUUUUACAGCUUGCCAUUCGGGCAAGCUGAAGCUAGCAUUUACUAGGCCAAACGUCAUUAAACUAGGCCCCCCAAUUUUUUGAUGAGCAGAAUUGAUUUCACAGUUCUUUUGUAAGUUGAAUUUCUCAAAAUACUUCACUUGCCCUUCGGGCAAGUUAAGAACAUAAUUCACUAGCCCGAUAGUAAAAUCCAUUAGCCCCGCGCUAUCAGACACUACUUUCUUUGCAUGCUGUAGUCGUUUCCGCGAAUUGGAGAAAGCGCGAGCAUGAACAUUAAACGGGAGGGAACUGGGGAGAGGAGGGGCUCCCUUUUUUUUCCCGCCUUCGUUCCCUUUUCCCAGGUCUCGCGUUCAGAUUUUCGCGUUCCGUUUACUAACACGUCAUCGUUACGAUCUGAUACCCUGGAACAGGCUAAUUCAUUGUUUACAGUACUAAUAGGCCACUUCCGAGUUCCAAAAACCCUCACUUUCAUAAUAAGGUUCAACUGCGCAACCUUUGUUGUGAAAUUGAGUUUUAUUUGCAUGAGAAUAACAAAUCAUUUCCAUAUCAAAGGCUGAGCACCUAACCUCGUUUUGAUACAGAGGUCCGGGGGAACUCGGAAAUGACGUAUUUAUUGACUAUGUAUCGUAAUUUAUCUUUGCAAGGAUGUGGAGUCGCUGUGAUGAGAAUGCAGAUGGUACGAUUGAUUUUCAAGAAUUUCUUAGUAAGCUGGUAAGGGGAACUACAUGUAAUUUACAGUGUAGUAAUCCAUAAGGCCGAUUACAAGGCACAACUUUGUUGCAUGCGACCUUAGCAUAAGCCUUGGACACUAGUUCCAAAGAUACCUAGAUGUCUGGAGUUUAAUCGCAUCCUCUGGCGAUACGCAACUCACUUUGACUCAGAGGUGUUAGUCUUUAUCGUAGCAGUCCCGUCCAAUACUACUCUUCUACACAACUUUCAUACGCGAUAUAGCUAUGACUUGGCUCAUCGGUUCAAACCGUUCACGAAUUUUAUCAUAUCUUAUCUACAGGGCGUAGAUAUUAUUGGGGGAGACAUCAAUGGGUUGAGCACUCGAAUUCACGAUGAAAACGAAGCAAAAGUGCAAUUCAUGAAGCAGGAUCAGUCCACGAGGUACGAAUCUUAUUGAAUAAUGAGACAGUCAAAUUUUGCAAAAAGCUUUUAACAAUGGUAUCAGUGAAGUACACGUGGUGUUAAAAUUUGUUUUACAUUUCUUUGCUUAAUCCUGGGCUACUUUUUAAUGGUUGCAAUUUUUCAGAUUGGAAUUGGCAGAAGAGAGAGCACAAAAUCUGACUGGCCAGAAAACAGCCAAUGAAUGCAUGGAUAUACUCAAGGUAUUUAUGAAUAUUUGAAUAUUUGAAACACUCGACACCGUGUUUCAUAUCAGAUCAUCAAGGCAUGGGUUGAAAAACCCCCUCAGUUCUGCCUUAUUUUCACGGUAUAUGCAUUUACUUUCCAGGAGUACAUUGCCCAGCGGUCUCCAGAUUUCAGAAAAACGUUUGUAAAAUUUGACAGUGAUGGAGAUGGGAAAAUUUCGAGAAAAGAAUUCAGAAUGGUAGGCAUGAAUUUGGUUUUAGUCAAGGGAAAAAAUAGGUGCAAAGAAGAUGAUUAGCCUUUUUGGGAAAUGUUCGUGUAUUUAUCUAUUUAUUUAUUUUUAACUUCCGCAGGUGUUGGACAGUCUGGGUCUAUACAUGAAUGACGAUCAAUUUCGCAUUCUAAGCGCGAGGUACACUUUCUUUGCUGUGACUGGUUAAUUCUUAGAGCUCGCUGCCUCCUUCACUAGCCUGUUCACAAACUCUGUAUUUUCUCGCGUAUGAAAUGGAAACCGCGGGGGAAUAUUGACCGCUCGUUCUUGUGUGCUCGCUUCACUCGAGUGCUCGCAAAAUUCGGUUUUUAAAAGAAAACAAAACAAAGAAGAUAAAGAAAAAAAAAACGCCCGGAGAUGAACACGGAGCGCGAGCGGGGGAUGAUGGGAAAUCAAAAUAGAGAAAAGAGAAAGUUUUGGCUCUCCCUCCAACCCUGCUUUCCUCAACGAUAAACGAAUAAGCGAUCGCCAGCGGCGGGGGCGAGGCAUUAUAGCUUGGAAUUCAAAAGCUUACAGAUUACGACGGCUAAUGAUUUGUAUAACUGUCUAUCUUUUCAGGCUGGGAUUUCACAAAGGAAAAUUGUCUUACAUGGAAUUCUUGGACAACUUUCAGGAUCGACGUUCGUUUGGUGUGGGGGAGAGGGUAACAGAAUACCCAAGCCACAGGUACAAUGUUUUGCACCGUCUGAUCCAACUCCAUGUACACUGCUGAUAACGCUCAAAAAAUUACAAAAAUAAGUAAACAUUACUCAACUUUACUGAUAAGAACAGAACAAACGUGAAACAACAAUUUGUGGAAUAUUCAGUUUAAUUAUCGUUUGACAGACCUAAACUUGACGGCCACCUUGACGAUAGAAUCUUAAGUCAAAGACGUGCACUUAUGGUUGAGAUUUAGUAGAAGAGUCAUUUCGAAUAAAACUGAAUCUUACUCCAGGGUUUUCUUUGAUUCCAAUGUGUUUUUUAGAGUUUUAAAGUAAUACCAAAACAUAGUCUAAUUUCUUUAGAAUUUUAAAGGUGUGAUACCUUUAAAGCUUAAGACCACAAGGGAAAUUUCGUUGUUUAUCGGUCACCGGCACACAACCUUGAGGGUCACAUCACUCCAGAUCAGUAUGUGAAGAAGUAAAGAGACUUUUAUCUUUUCCCCUUUUUUCAGGUAUAACCUUCCAAUUCCUCAGGAGGAGUCCAUGAAAGCAAGUGUCGUGGAAGCAAGACUGAGAACCAAACUUAGGGAGAAUUUUCAGGUAAAAUAAACCGAGAAUUUAUCGUCAUUCAAACUUGCUUUGUUAACUACUCUACAACCGAAUCAUCUUUUCUUUCGGUAAUUUUUUGACUCUGAUCACUGUUUUUAGACAUGAGCACAUGGCGAUGUUGACGUUUGUCAUCUAAAAUGUUCUUUCGUACUUUUGUUAUUUUGUUCCGCAGGAUUUGCGUGCAGCGUUCCAAAAGAUUGACUUUGAUCGCAACGGCCUCAUAACUCGACCAGAAUUCAGACGGAUCCUGGACUCAUUCAUGUUCAUGUUAUCUGAUGAAGACUUUGACAAACUGAUGACGAACCUUGGCAUACAGAAGGGAGCUAAACUAAACUACAGAGAAUUCCUUAAACGGUUUGAACAUGUGGAAAAGGUGGAAGAAGGACAUCCUUGGUUGUACUCAAAUCACAGGUAAUGGAUAUAAUUGACGGAAAAACAGAUGGAUAAAGUAAAGGCGGAUUGUUCAUCUAAGAUUAAGACCUUUCCAGUUUCAAAUUAAGACGUAUUACAUAUCUGCCGCGAAUUAUCCAACGGAUAACCCCCUCUCAGACGGAUAAUCCGUCUCUAGUUUGAAAUUACCAGAUUCAGGUACGAAAGAGUGUGAUACAGUUUUUUCGUUGUCUCCCUUACAUGUAGCUUUAACGAAACGCAAGAUCUGAACUACAUGACUGCAGAACAGGCAGACGAGGUCAUCAAAAGAAAAGCUUGGGAACAAAACGAAGAUGUAGCUAAAGCCUUCCUGACCUUUGAUCGUGAUGGGAAUGGUAUUGUCUCCAAGAAAGAGCUCAGGAAAGUCCUGUAUAAAUACCAGAUACCGCUCAACAAAGAAGAGUUCAAUAAACUUUGGAACAAGUAUGUUAUUAGUUCAGCUUAACCCUUAAAGCUCUAGAGGUGACACAGUCCAAUUUCUUUUUAUAAAUAAAUAUGAUUGUAUCAUUAAACGAAUAAAUUAUGAGAACAAAGGAUAUGUCAGAUAAAAUUUCAUGAUUUUAGGUCAUUUUAAACCAGUUCUUGUAAUCAAUUCCAUAAGAAACAGUUAGAAAAAAAUGCUGAUGUUAGAGUUAACUAGACUUAAACGCGCUUUGCUGUUUCAACUGCGAUGUGUCCUUAUGUGGCAGAAUUCAGGAAAGUCGGUUAAGGAAGGGGCAAGAAGUUAAGAAAAAGUAGCAAAACAAAAUUGUGUAAUUGUCAAAUGAGAGAACCUGUCGAUUGGUUGUAUUUAAAUAAAGAAUAACAAAAGACAGAAAGAUAGAUGCUGGAAUGCUACAAUUUGCAAUUAUUGAAUGGUAAAGUGCGCGUGAGACAGCGGGAAGAACACCGGGGAAUAUUUUCCUUGUCUUCCUUACUGUCUUUUGCCACAUCUCACUUGAACAUAUUGCCAAACUCCCAGGAAAAACUAUUCACAAUUCAAUCAGCAGAAUGCGUGUUAUAAUUCACUUUUGUUGUUGUCUUUUUGUUUCUUCAAUUAUCACCCUUUUCUUUGUGCAGAUAUGAUACUGAUGGUAAUGGCUAUGUAGAUCAUAAAGAGUUUCUUGCCAAGUUAGGAGGGGAGCUAGCUCCCGGUGAUAUACAUGGACACAGUACACAGAUAGCACAGCAAAGUCAACAGGUUCUAGAGAGCAUGUACAGAAACCAACAGGUGUGUACUCAUGCUAGCUAGUAUUUGUGACGAGUGUGCGCAAUUAUCGCAUAAAUUAUGCUUAAUACCGACCCCUCAUUAUUACGGACAGUUUUCUUUGUCCCCAGGGGAAGAAAGCACUUACAUUUUCUCUGAAUUCAAUUCUCUUAAUUCGGUUUCCGUAUUAACGGGGUUUGACUCUGUAAUUAUUACGCGAACUACUCUAAUCCAGUACAGCUAAAACAAUUUUUUUAUCGAACUACAUUUUUGAAGUGCAGCACGCUCUCUUUCCUUUUUUUUUUGAGGAUCAUUUCUUACCGAUGGUUUGGGGUAGUGCUCGAGAUAAAGUUGUAGUGUAUUAAAGACUAAUCGCCUCGUAAUUUUUUUCACUUAAUAAAGGAUAUGCACUUGGCUGCAACGUGGAAUCAGGCCCAGGCUGCCUCUUUCUUAUCCGCUCUUGAGGUCGAGCAACAGUUGAGGUAAGUGGUCCCUUUAUUUUCUAGCUACCUAUCGCAUUAUAGGGGAGGGCUGGGGGGGGGGGGGGGGGCAAGGGGGGCGCAGUGGUGGGAUCACUUGCCUAUCAACAAUGUGGCCUGGCGUCGACGCCAUAUGUGGGUUGAGUUAUUUGUUGGUUCUCUCCCUUUCUCCGAGAGGUUUUUCUUCGGUUACUCCGGUUUUCCCCUUUCCUCAAAAACCAACAUUCUCAAAUUCCAAUUCGACCAGGAAUCAGACAAAAGGCCACUAUGUGGAUGUGCUUCCUAUAAAUCGUUAUUUUUGUAGCAAGUAUUAUACCGACCGAUUCAUGGGUUCUUAAGACCAAACCGUGAAAUUUCUACCAUUUAUUUUCUCAUGUGUCUCGAACUUUCUGUAAUACAAUACCGUAUCCUUAAUCCCCUUCGAUGUGGUAAGAUGCCAACUUCAGCCCUCUUAUGUCUUCUCUUAAAUUCCAGGGAUUCAUUACUUCUUUGAUUCGCUGUUUUGUCUCUUUUUUGACUGUAGAGAUCGUUUUCGAGACGGCUAUGAAAGUCUGAGGAAAGCAUUUGAGACCGUUGACACCAACAGGGACGGAUACAUUUCAAGACAUGAGCUUCAGAAAGUGUUAUUUGACUUCCACUAUUUUUUGGAUGAUGUGCAGCUCAACAUACUCCUGGACAGGUCAGUACUGACCACUUUUGCGAUUAUGAUAAUUUUCUUGAAUUUCUGUCUCCUGAACUCGCAAAAUAGGUCAAGUACAGAUACCGGUGCAUAGAGUAUACAAGUCGACAUCUUAACUAUCCCUGGAUUUGCGCUAAUCGCCCUUUGAACAACUCGCGAGGAGGACGGGCAGCAUGAAAAUUGUUCCAAGAUUCACUUAACCUUCUUACUUCAAAUAUUGGUCACCUUGGGUGCCGCGGUUCCGGUUCCGGUCAAGUCUUCCUAUUGUCGCGCGCGACAAUAUUUUUCUCCUGGCCUCAAGGGUCGUAACUUCGCCCUGUGCUCGACUCCUAAACAUUCCGCUACGCGCGCCGGAGGAAAAAAAACCUAAGGUUUCUACGGUACAACUGGAACUCUAAUGAUGCUUGGUCCAUGUGCAUCAGUUGACAAUCCCGUUUUUGUUUCCUGUAGGUGUGGACUAUCGCAUAAGAGCAAACUGUCCUACGAGAAAUUCCUGAGCGCUUUUGAGGAUAACAGGCAUGCAGGUUAUGGCCGCGUUACCCUGGACACGCCAGGUAAAGUCGUCACGCCUGUUGUAUUUGAGAGACACGAUUCUCUUACCCCAGAAGCAGCCAUCAACAGACUAAGAAGCAAGAUAAGUGAGAAUCCUGAAACCAUCCAGAGGGUAAGUGUAUUUAUGUCCAGGAUUGCAAGCUGUGGCAAAAAGUUUCUGCCAUAUAUUGAUAGGAAUUUUAGCAACAAAUACCGUAAAAUUCCAAAAAUAAGCCCUGGGGCUUAUAUUUUUCAAAGGCCCUUUUUAAGAGGCUUAUUUUUGGAGGGGCCUAUAUUCGGAGGGGCUUAUCUACGGAGGGAAAUUUGCGUUUCAAAAUCGAUUAGGCAAGCCUUAUAGUUGGAAAGAAAUUAACCGUUUUUGAUUUGUUUUACUUUGUAUUUGAGAGCAAUUUCCAAGUACAAGGCCCCCCGGGGGGCUUAUAUUUGGGGGGGGGGGGGGGGGGUGUAACGGGGGGGUGUUUGGCGCUGGGGGGUUGGGGGGUGAAUAGAGGGGGGGGGUUGCUUUCUGAUUUUUUGUGUGUCUGAAACACUUGUUAUUGUUGUGUACGAAAGAGACCACUGCAAACUCAAUGAGAGGUGGUUAGAGCGGAAAAAGGCAGUCAAGGACGAAUGGGUGUGUGAAGUGCCGGUAGUAAGAUGGUAUAUUGCGAAUGACAGUGUAGGAGAGUUUUACAUGGGGGGGCUUACUUUCAGAAUUUGAUGGUAUGCAAAAGACAUUGUAUUCAGAAAGAUCUAUAACAGCGAGACCCUUCUGAUGGGGGGUAAAUUGGUCUGCCAGCUGCGGGGGGAAGUGUCUGUGCAAAAGGGACGGGACACGCAAAGCCCCCUGGUUGUGCGGGGGGAUGGGGGUCUGCUGUUCCAUUUUAUUCUGUCCAAGGUUGUAGUUAGAGGAGCUAGGUACACUUUCACAACAAACAAAGCAUAUGCAUUCUUUCCGUUUACGUCUAGGCCCAGAAAAGGAUGCUCUUGCCUUCGUCGACUUAAACUUGUUAUCUUAGUCGAGUGGAAAAGAAAACAAAAGGCAGUAAAUGUUAUUACGUUCUUUUCCAGGCUUUCGCCGCGUUUGACCGAGAUGGAAUGGGACUGAUAUCCAAAGAGGAUUUACAUCAGAUAAUCAAUGCAUUCUGUUUUGUGAUGUCUGAUAAACAGUUUCAGGUAAAGCAUCUUAUUUCUCUGUUGUUAAAAUUUAACAAGCAAAGAAACAAUCACCAAAAUACCUUCAAAAUUAUUUGGUUUAUUAAGGGCCCAUUUUACAGUUUGUGGAAUUUUGCAAGGGGCAAGUCGACAAAGACAAAUAUCGCUACCUAAAUCUUGGUAGCUAGUGAGAGCCAAUUAUUUGAAAAUUCAGAGUUGAAGCGAGUACAGUACCGCUGAAAAGUAAGUUGACACUCGAGGCUCGAAACUCGAGACUCGAUCCUCGCGUCUCGAAGCUCGAACGCUUCGAGUUUUGAGAUACGUGGAUCGAGUCUCUCACAAAGCUGCGCUGCCUUUGUAAGGGACCUUAAUUUGAACAUUGCGCUUUUGCCUUGUAGUAGUAGUAGUAGUAGUAGUUGUUGUUGUUGUUGUUGUUGUUUUAGUAUUAUUAUUUCGUGUCAAAACUGGUGAAAAAAGAUACUUCAACAACUCUAUGAUUUUAACAUACUAAACACUCACGUCUUUUAAAUUUGGAGGUGAGAUCCACUUUGAGACAAAAAUUUUAAAAAUCCCAAUUUUAUUUCUAUAAAACAUAUGCCACAUGAAGGUACUGCGCGAAGGGUUUGGAGUUUCGUCCGCAGACUUUGUGUUACAUAGCUUAUAUCUCCUGAUUCUAAUCAACGUCAUGAACUUUGUAUUCCUCAGACGCUUAUGAAAAAGGUAAACGUGAGUGAAGGAGGUCUGAUAUCUUAUGAAGAGUUUUUCAAGAGCUUUCAAAAAUCAGACGCCGAGGUAAGUGGACUACUUGCCAAAUAUUCUUAUAUUUCAGAUGUUAGGUAAAGAUUUUAGAACUUGGAAUCACAUUGGCGUGGCAAGAUGGACACAGCAGAAUCUUUUUUAUCUUAAGCUGUCACUGUGUUGUUACAUUUGUUAGGCCAGUCGCAAAUGGCUGGAGAGUUUAUACCCUUCCCCUGACAAGCGCCAAAGAACCGCUGAGCAUGUUAGCAAGCGACAUCGUGGGAUGACGGAGGCUGAAGUUGAAAAGAGAGUGCGAGAGGUUGUCGUGGCAAGAUUUUAUAGUCUUGCAAAGGUAAUGUUUCUCUUCUAAUUUAAGCUUCAUUUCCAGUUAAAGUCCACUCAAUGUUACCCACUGUUUGAGCAAAGUUUAACUGACUAACGAGACUGGCUUAAGCAUUGAUACUGCGCCUUAUCGUUUUCACUUCCUGAGGGAUGACGCAGUCUUGUUAGGUGGCUCCAACUUCGGAGUCUGUGGACAAAAUCUUGUGGUGUCACCAUUCAAAUGGAAGCUCUUUAGCAGUAAUUUCAGAUAGUGCUGCAUGGUGUUCAGCAUUUUUCAAAAUAAAAUUUGACGCUUUUGUCGAAUUUUUGCUUCGGCCACUGUCGGAAGUGAAAUGACUUUACAAUGUACCCGAGGAAAAGUCUGCUAGUGUAGGAGCUCAAUUAAGUGACUUAGUUUAGCUACUGAGUAAAUUUGGGAUCUUAAGCUUCGGAGCAGUGAAAAGAGUGGUUGUGUUUUCACGGUAACGAACGCUCAAAAAGCAGCGAAAAAGAUGGGAGUGCGUUUACAGUCUGAGUGUAACUGCGUCUGUGCAUUUAAAUCUCGACGAUGUUAUAGGGCGUGUUAUCCUAUUUUUGAGCGCCAGGGAUUAUAGAACCUUCCGUACUUUCAAAUGCCCACAGUAAUCCAUUUAUGCUACGUAAAUCUAAACCGUCGAUCGAAAAUCAUCAUGCUGUUGCUAGGUUUGUUCGGAACUGAAAAUGAUAUUUCGGAUAGGUUUGUUCUCCAAAAGUUCACUCGUCAGAAAAGAUACUCUGGCAUUUGAGUUUAUAAGCCACUUGAUUUCUGUCUCUCUGCUUUUAGGGCAUAAUUCGUUAAAUGUAACUCGGAUUGUUUUAUUCUCAGGCUUUCACAGACGAAGACACCCACCACACGGGGACAAUCAGCGGUGCGGCUCUGCAUGAAAUACUCAACGAACAUGCAUUCCGUAUGAGCAGCGAUCAAUUCAGUUAUAUUUGGAGUAAACUUCCAAAGAACGCUGAAGGCAAAGUAGAUUACAGGGAUUUUCUGAAGAUUUUCUCCAUGCGAACAGAUGUUAUACGAGUGGCAUCCACGACACCCCCUCAGUCACGCGAUAGAAGGGUGAGCUCGCCGCUUUCGAAUUUUUUACAAGCUUGUGUCUUCUGAAAGAUUCCAUUCCCCACACCAGUUGAACCCGAAAGGCUUUUUCAGUUCUUAAGCUUUAUUUACAUUGACAAGUUUGCCUUGAUACGUUUUGGUCUUGCCUUGAUACUAAGGAUGAAAAAUUCCAUACUUUUCCAUUUAUACUAUCAAGGAAAGUUCUUUUCAAAGAAGCCUACGUAGCCGGUGGUUUUGUUCGGUGAGCGCGCCAUUCAGUGGCGAAGCGGCAAAAGCGCCGGCGGGAACGAGCGCCAUUCUCUGUCCCAUUCUCCCGUCGGCUUUGCUGCUCGGACGCGCUCCCGACCCUAACAAAACCAACAGCUACACAGGCCUUUUCAAAGAAUAUUGCUAUUAUAAAUGCGGUUUUGAGUUAAUACUAUUUAAGCGUAAAGCUGGUUACUAAGUCUUCAACCAUAUGCAAUUCAUUUUUUGUUUACAAACUUAUGGGGUGGUAAGCUUUGUCAUCUUUCGACAAGUUGUUAUUGUCAUAAUUUAUUUGCGCGCGUUUGUUGCAGAUUUCUGAGCCCGCAAUGUCGCCAGUACGUUCACCUGCCAGGAUUCCAUCACCUGAAUCACUGACACCGCCUCCUUCAGCAACUGAUGUGGAAAGAAAAAUUAAAGACGCGGUAGGUCUUGAGUGUAAUGUUGUCGAUAACGAAAACAUUAAAAUUAUUACUGUAGGAGAAAAGAGGGUUAUGACCUCUUUCGAUCAUCUAUGCAGUAUUUCACUCUCAAUAGGGUCAGACCGAAUGAUUUUCCGUAUACCAUACAUGUUUGGCAUCUUCCAGGUUCUUUUCAUGCUACUGAAUGACAACCAAAGCACCCAGUUAUACUGUCUAUUGUACUGUUUGUUCGUUUUUUAGGUUUGUCGUCGUUGGCAGCAGAUGCAGAAAUCUUUCAGAAACAUCGACAGCGGAAACAAAGGAGUCGUUAACUUUGAGCAACUUAGAGGUGUGUUUCGAUCUUUUGUUUUGUUUUGCUUGCUUACCUGCUUGUGUUUGUUUGUUUGUUUUUGUUUUCUUUUUUUACCGCUGUUUUAGUCGCAUUUUAUGGUUCCAAGCUGUGACUGUUUAUGUCGAGUUGAUGGAAACUAAUACUCCAUUUGUUUAUUUCUGUUUAAGUUAUUUUAUGGAAGCACGAUAUUGAGCUCAGCCCAAACGAAUUGUUGUCUUUGUGGAGGAAACACAGCAGCGAGGAAAAAGGAGGGUACGUUUUGUGAACCAGCUUAGGUUUUCUAAAACAUGAAACAAAAGAAACGAAAACCUCCUUGAAGUUGUGGCUGGUUCGAUAGAUGCGACAAUAGGUCAUUUCUGAGUCUCGCGAGGCCUCUGUUUCAAAGCGAGACUAAGUGCGAAACCAUUGAUAUGAAAACGACUUCUUUCUCGUGCAAAUGUUAAUGAGACUCGUUAUCUAAAGAACGUUUUUGCAUUUAGCCUCGUUUUGAAAGUGAGGGUUUUUGGAACUAGGAAAUGGCCUUUUUAUAUUUUGGAUAUGUCCUUCUGUCCUCCCACCCUGCGUAGUCGGGGGAGCGAGGGGGAGCAUGUUUCAAUUUUUUAAUACAUGGCUACAAAGUGGCAAACAGAACAUGAAAACUUGAAGAAGUCUUAACUUAUGAUAGUUUGAUGCUGGUUGUACUUUUGUUUCAUCGAUAUUCCGAGAACUUGAAGAAGGGGGGACUUGUGUUAUACCUUGUUGAAGUGACGCUUUAAGGCGUAUAGAUCAGUAAUUUUCUUUGUUAAGACUAUUGGCGAAUGUGCCAGACAUUAAUCGAGUAUUGUCUCUUUUUUCAGAAUCGAAUACAAAGAUUUUAUGCGACAUUUUGUGUUGAACCUUAAGUCACAAGAUAGCAAUUCUCUCGCUAGACCCAAGCUACAAAACACCCGAAUUCCGGUGAGUGUUACUAAGGGCAAAACGACGAUCAUUUAAAGUGUGGUCCAGCCUUCCUCAUAAGCACCCAGUCAAAUGACUGCAUGGUGUAGCAAUGCCAUUCCUAAUCUUCUGAAAGGCUGCCCAGAGAUAAGCCAGUUGCUAUUAAAAUCCCUUUUGUUUCAAUCCUGCUUGUGUUAAUUUUUCAUGUUGAGUCAGACCAACCUAAUACGUACAGCAAAGAAACAGAGUCAAGUGUCCCCUUUACAAAGGUGUUCCUAUUAUGCGAUGUGGGAAUUAUACAGUGAAAUCUAGUGUCUUUGGGACCAAUAGAAUUGUCCGUAAUGAGAGAUACCCCGUUAUGAGAGGUUUGACUAUUUUCGGAUUUCGAGUCGGAUUGGACACAAUAGUAAUAUACAAACAAAAUUUCCAGCAAACUGCAUACAACUCGUACUUUUUCGUUGAUCUUUAUGGACUAGCACACUCCUAAUUUAUCCAGGCUGCGCAACUCUUUACAUCAAAUCAAGUUGUAUUCCUAUCAACAGAACCCGUUACACUACAUACGAUACAGUACGGCAGCACACAGCAUUCUGUCGUUCUGUAAAACUGAUUAGUUGUAUUUGUUUUCAGACAAGCCCAGGAGUAAGGACUGAUAGGUUCAUAGAACUCAUGGCUACAAUCCGUGCCUCGGUACGGCGCGACUGGAAGGAAAUGAGAAGAGCUUUCAGGGUAAGAUUCUUACAAAUGAUCUUAAACCUAAUUCUGUCUCUAAUUCUUUUCCGAUCUGAUAACCCUAACCAGUAAUAAACCCUUUGAAUGAUUAUUUUGCUUGUGGGAUACACUAAAAAUUCGCAUUAAAGAAUCUUUAAUUUCCUGCGACGAAGACUGAAAUGGUUCGUAUACAUUUAAGGAGUAUUGAGAGCUGAACAAACUUUAUACAGUGCACAUUGCGUUCAUUCUCACCACAGUGCAGUAGCUGAAAAGUAUCUCUAUAAAUGUACACUUCCAAAUUUCGAACUGGAAAGCACCAACUUCUCCAACAAAUGCGUCCGAGCUCCUAAGUAUUUGUUGGGUAAAUAAAUGAUAUUUUCAUCUCAUCGCAACUAUAUUACAUAACUUAGUCAUUGUAAGAUACACUUCCGUGUAGCCUGAAAGGUGGUUAUAUUCGCUCGCUAACUUGUCUUGCGUUUGCACCAGAGUUUUCUUAAGCUUCAGUAUUUCUUUUUCGUUGUUUUGGGGUUUUUGUACUUAAAAUCUUUUUCAUUCGUUAUUUGAAUUAGCUCUUAUGUGAGGUGCUAACUUGGUCAAAUUCUUUUGUCUGUAACUGUUGGUACAAUGCUUGGGGGACAGAUUUGUUUGAUAUGAGGCAGUGAUUUUGCAUUUGCAAGUAAUUUCUUUGCUUGUGCUAACUUUGAAUAAAGAUGUGUAAUUGAAUUGGCAAUAUUACUGCGCUUUUCAAAAACACGCGAACUCUGAAGUUCAAAAGCCAACUGACAUUUGCGUUUUUCACUGCCGUCAAUCAUCUUGGUGGACCUCUUAGGAAACAGAACUUUACUUAAACGGAUUCAAAAGGUCAUGUUUUGUGAUCUGUGAUUGAUGGAUUUCGAUCCGUUUCGUGUGUUUCUGUGUUUGAAGGUUCGUUGCUUGUGAUCGUAAUUAUGAUUGACGGUAGCGAAAAACGCAAUUGUGAAGGAGGCUUUUGAGCUUUAGGGCUGCGUUCCUUUGGGAUGAUCCGGAUCAGGAUCAGUGAUCUGAGAUCACUCGAAUCAUGGCAGGCCAAAUGACCCUAUGAAUCCACUCUGGACAAAGAUUUAUCGGUUCAUUUGAUCUACCAUGAUCCGAAUGAUCUUGGAUCACUGAUCCUGAUCCGGAUCAUCCCAAAAGAACGCACCCUUAGAAUUCGCGUGUUUGUGAAAAGCGCAGUAACAAAAUGAACUAGACAGCCGUGACACAGCUCCUUCAAAAAUAUUAAGCUGAUUUAGCAACAGAACGGGAACGGCAGUUGACGACGGGAAAGCGAGCGGAAAGGACUAAACACGACUACCGGUGCUCAAUUUGCCGCUCUGCCAUUGAUCAAGGCAGUUGUUUGAUUUGCGCGCACCGUCGUCAACUGACGUUCCCGUUCUGUUGCUAAAUCAGCCUAUUACAAAGGAGUUUAAGCAGCGACUUUUUUGAGCGACGCACGUCGACCGGAAGUGGACUUUUUACACUCUUGAGCCACGAAUUUGAACAAAUUUUUGGGCAAAUCGUCUCUUUGAGAGUAAAGACACUUGGGCCCGGUUCAGACGCCGAACUUUUUAUAAGCCCAACCUGAUGUAUUGAAUUAAGUUCACGAAAAGUUCGGCGUCUGAAUCAAUUAGGCACGCCUGUUUCAAUUUGGAACGGCUCCGCAGCCGUUCUUUUCGCCUAGCCUGGCCGGGAAUUUCGCCUUUGGAGCGACUUUGGAACGGCUUUGAUUCAAACGCCAAACUUUUCAGGUACCGAUAUUUUAUAAGCAGUUUGACCGAAAUGAGCGUUUUCCGCCUUUUGAAUUUUGUUCAGCUGCAAUUAAGAUCGACGUUUGAAUCAAUUGAGCCGGUCUAAAUAGUUUGGGUCGGCCUUAAUUCGAAUUAGGUUCGGCUCAUGAAAAGUUUGGCGUCUGAACUGGACUUUAGGAUUACAGAUUUGGUAGCGUCAAGGCAUUUAAAAAGAGAAAAAGGUUCACUUCCAGUUGGCAUACGUCAAUCAAAACGUGGCUACUUAAACUCCCUAAUUUGGCUUUUGUGAUUUUGACCAGUGAUUUACGUAGUGUGAUUAUUCCUUCUCUUCUUAUUUCCAGGGUUUGGAUAAAAGUGGUUGUGGUACUUGCUCUCUUCUUGAGUUCAGAGAGAUGAUGAGAAAAUUCAAGAUUGAGUUAAGCGAGGAAGAGUUCUUCCAUCUGUUCUCGUUUUACGACAAAAACAUGACGGGCAAGAUUUCUUACAACGAUUUCCUUCGAGCACAUUUAGAAUAAGCAGGCACGAUGUUAGAAGGUUGAGACCUCAAGGAAGGUUCGGUAGAAGCGCAUCUACCAUCUGUGUUACCUUGCUUAAACCAAGGGAUUUCACGUAAUGAUUUCUCUUUGCUAUUCUAAAUCGUUGUAUAUGUCGAAGUCUUAAAUAAUUGAAUUGUAAAGAUUGAUUUGAUGAGAUCGAUCACUGUAAAGAGACAUGUAAAUCUCUUUGACUAUUUGUUUAUUAAAAAAAAUGAAACGAAUGAAA